AUUUAAUUACACCUGCAAAACAUGAUUCUCCUCUUAUUCCCCGGCUCUUUCGUUUUCUUCCUUUUUUUUGCCGGAAUAUGGUGCAAAUGGGUUUUGACGAUGGGAUGCGAGCGAAGACGAGUCCUUUGCUUGUUGCCGUCGACGAGGAAGACCCUCAUCGGGAUUCUGCCGCCGGUGACAUGCCAUCAUUCAUUACCCCAGUCCUCGUACUUAGCACCUUCAUUGCUGGAUGUGGCUCCUUCUGCUACGGCUAUGCUAUGGGUUAUUCAUCUCCAGCUCAAUCCGGAAUCAUGGCGGAAAUGGGUCUGUCCCUUGCACAGUAUUCAAUUUUUGGAUCAAUUAUGACGAUCGGGGGAAUGAUUGGUGCAAUCUUCAGUGGCAAGAUAACUGAUAUGUUCGGUCGGCGGCGUGCAAUGAUGUUAUCGGCGGUAGCGUGUAUUCCAGGAUGGCUUGCAAUAACCUUCGCCAAGGAUGCCUUGUGGCUGGAGAUUGGAAGAAUGUUGAUUGGAUUUGCAGUUGGCGUCUCUAGUUUUGUGGUGCCUGUAUACAUAGCAGAGAUUGCUCCUAAACAAAUUCGAGGACGGUUCACCUCUAUUAAUUUGUUGAUGACAAAUUAUGGGUUUGCGGUAGCAUUCUUCAUGGGGAACAUCAUCUCCUGGCGCACAUUGUCACUAAUUGCGGUUUUUCCGUGCGUUGUACAACUUGUUGGCUUGUUCUUCAUUCCAGAGUCCCCGAGAUGGCUGGCGAAAGUUGGGCGAGAAAAAGAAGUUCAGGGUGCCUUGCAGAGGUUAAGAGGAAAGAAGGACAUUGCUGAUAUUUUUCAAGAAGCCGAUGAUAUACGAGAGAUAAGCGAGGCAUUUCAACCUGGCAAGGAUGCCAACCCUUUGAAACUAUUCCAGAAGAAAAAUGCAUACCCCAUGAUUGUUGUGGUGGGGCUCAUGUUAUUACAACAACUCGGAGGGAUCAGUGCGCUGGCGUUCUACACUAGCACCGUCUUUACUAAAGCCGGUUUCUCGACUACUAUUGGAAGCACAUCACUGUCGAUUAUGCAAAUUCCUGUGACGCUAAUAGCAGUGCUUUUAAUGGAUGCAUUUGGGCGACGGACUCUCCUCAUGGUGUCGUCUGCUGGGGCAUGCUUGAGUUUGUUGCUUGUGGCUGUUUCAUUUCAUUUGAAGGAAUUGCAAUAUCUGGAUGACCUCACUCCCCUACUAGUGUUUUUGGGCAUCUCGGGUUAUGUGGCGGCUUUUGGCAUCGGAAUGGGCGGAAUCCCAUGGGUGCUCAUGUCGGAGAUACUUCCCAUAGACGUGAAAGCUUCAGGUGGAAGCAUAGUGACUUUAACGAAUUGGUCGGUUUCAUGGCUGAUCACUUACACCUUCAACUUCGCGCUGGAAUGGAACCCUGCCUCCACUUUUUUCUUCUUUGCAGCCAUGAGCUUGGUAGCCGUUUUCUUCACUUGGAAGCUGGUUCCUGAAACGAGGGGCCGUACUUUGGAAGAGAUUCAACAACUGUGUAGUUGAAUUAAUUGGUGUUUGGUUAGCUAUUCACUGUUGGAACUUUUUUAAUCGUGUGAAUGAAAAUGAAAGGGGAAAGAUCCAACAGAAUCUUUUGAAGUAUCAUGUUGAUAAGAUAAGGGAAGGCACGGCCUCGAAUUUGAUCGAUUUGAUGUAAUAUAUGUGGGUAAUAGAUUAAAUUGGGUUGUGUAACCAACCAGAUCAAACCGAACCAAGUUGAAUCAAAUCGAACCAAAUCAUGUGGCGGUUGGAAUAACGAAACCGGUCCAACUUAAUUCCAUGAGGCCGAACCGAUGCAAUGGUUGAAAUAUUUUAAACGAACCAUUGCAAUGGUUGGGGUGUAACCACUCAUACGAAGAGUUGCCUCCCUUCUUACGUACCCCUUCAUUUUCUAUAAAUAUCACCAUACCCCCUCUAGUUUUUACUUCAAGAAACAUAUGUUUUUCCCAUAUCAAAACUCUGCCAAAAUCUAAAGUGAUUUUUCUGCAUUGUUUUUCAAAGAGAAAAUCGAGUCAAGUGUGGUUCUCGUCGGUACGCUGCGUUCGAUGGUAUCCGGGGUUUGAGGUACUGCUACGCUGGAAAAUGUACGUCCUUUCUAUCCUGGGAGGAAUCAUUCCAUAAUAUUGGAUAACAGAGGGGAAUAAGAUUCUUUAAGUAGAGACAGUGAAUUCUGUCGGCUAGGACGGUCAUAUGUGUCUUUGCAUGAUUUUUCGUGAUUUUACAAGAUAUAGUAUACGUGAACAAUUUCAACAACAAUCUUAAAGAAUUUUUUUUUUUUUGGUUAUUGUUCUCGUAUUCUGUUUUGGUUUCCCAAAAGUUGCAUUCAGAAUUUUGGGAUAUAUAAAGUUUGGCAUGAUUGAAUGUUAUAUGAUCAUGUGUUCGUGUAUGCCAUUGUUUUAUGCAUACUGUCCUCGUAUAUUGUUCGGGUUUCGGGAAAAAUUACGUACGACAUUGAUCAUUAAUUUUUGUAUGCUAGGAGAUAAUUGUAUGCAGUAGAGUAUAACUGUUAUGUAUUGGGUGAUUAAAAGAAAGUGUUAAUACCUUAUUUUGGCCCGAACUAUGACCAUAUAAUCAACUUUGGCUCGUGAUUUUAGAAAUUAAUAUCCUGUCCUCAACUAUGCUGCAUAUAGACUCAAUUGGCCCGACACAUAGUUUGACUGUCAAUUUGGACGGUCAACUCCGUUAACCGUUAGUCAACACGCCAUGUUAUUGCCUAGUCAACCUAAAAAUCAUUAAAAAAAUUAUUUAUUAUCAAAUUAACCAAAAAUAAAUUAAAUAAAACAUAAAAUAAAUUUAUUUUUUGGAUAAUUUGAAAAUGAUAAAUUUUAUAAAUUAACCAAAAGUUAUCAAAUUAUUUUUUAUUUUUAAAAUUUCCCAAAAAAUAUAAUUUAUAUCAUAAUUUUUAAAUUAUAAAAUUUAAUUUGAUAAUUUUGGUUAAUUUAUAAAAUUUAUCAUUUUCAAAAAAAUGUAUUAACCCUACCAGAAACGUGUUUUUAUUCUGUACUUGGUCUCGGCUGUCAUUACACAUUAGAAAGAAGGUAAUUCCGAUCGGGUUGCUACUGCAUAUAUUUGAGGUUGAGUCUCGGGUUCUGUAUAUAAAUGCCGUGGUGUAUAUAUAUAAUUUGGUUUGUUGUUUGAUCAAUUUCUGGAUAUAAUGAAUUUUUUGUGAUGACAUAGGACUUCCCGCUUCCUUGUGUAUCAAGUGAAAUGGAUAACUUUCUGUCCCUCGAUAAAUUGGUGUACCAAUUUGCUUAGUAAUCAAUUUGUUAAUUGAUUUACCGUUAUGAGAAUGUACUUGGUUUCUGUAUCUGCUCUGAUAAGUAUGAAUAGAUUUAUAUACCUCCGGUAAAACUUCUCACUGUCGUUGGAAGAAAAGAUGGCAUCUAUAAUAUAUGAAUCGUUAUCUAUAGUUGUGUUCCAUCAUUCAUGCAUACGUCUGGAUUAUAUAUAUAUAUAUAUAUAUGCUUACAUUAACCACAUGUUUUACUCUCCUUGACGUCGGAGAGAAUGGAGGAAGAAAGAAAGGAACUCUGUUCCUAUUACCAUGUAGGGUUCUGUUUUGUGGUUGGAGGAAACAAAGAAAGAAUGGCCUGGCAAAGUUUCCAUUGGAACGUCAUGGCAGUCCAAUAUGAAACAUAAGCUGUUGGGACAUGAAACAUUAUGUCCGUUCUCUCGGCUGGUUACGGAAACAGAGGUAGAAGAAGUUCUCCACAUUCACUUCUCUCAGUAAUCUUGUGUAUGCUACCUCUUUUAAUUAUUGGUGUUGCGUGGGAUUAAAUUUAUAUGUUUUAUUCUUUUCUGGCCAUUUUAAUAAGUCAAUGCAAAAGAAAGCUUUGGUUAGGCUUCUCAGUUCUCAUGCGUGCGCACAAGGUGCAACGUGUAUGUGAAAAGAAAAGAAUGGUGAACCAAUUAACUCGAGUUGGUUAAUGAUACCAAAAAAAAUUUUAUAGCAUUUGGGAUGGAAACGAACUCAUAAUUCACAUUAUGAGAAAAAUUCAUGGAAAUUCAACUUGGUUGAAUAUUACAAAGAAAUUCAUGUUCUUGGGUUUCAAUUUUGGUACUUGUGAGAUACAACACUUUGGUUGAUGCAAAGUUGGUUGUGGUUUUGGAGAAAAUUGAAACAAUAUGAUGGUUAGAAUUCCCGAUACAUGGAGUCAAUGCAUGAUGAUGUGCUUAUGUAAAUUAUAUAUUUAUAUAAUGGUAAAUCAAUGUUCGUCGCACUGGUCAAAAUUAUUUUGGGCUCUUGAUCAUUCAACGUGAUGCAUGAGAGGAUAGAAGAACUUAUACUCUGUGUGCAAUGGAUCAAAUCCAAGAUAUCCCUUUGUGGGUUCAAAGGUGGUUUGGAUGGUGUUAAACUAUCCGAUUAAGAAAUAUGAACAGCCAUAGGUGUGUGAAACCUAUGACGCAAGGUUUGUGAGGACUUGUGUUCAAGUAUAUCUAAGCAUAAGUUGUUGCAAAUGUGAAUGCAAAGGUUAUGUUCAAAGUAAGUUGAACAUAGUAUGAUAAAGUAUACAUCCAAUGUGUUGGAGAUGAAAUUUGGUAAAUGCACGUCUAGAGGAUUGCAUUACGAGUAAGCCACAAGCGAUAAGGAAUUUAAUUCCUUUUUGCGAAGACAUGAUAAUUUAUUUAUUAUAUAUGUGGUUUAGGACUUGAUGUUUUCUAUGCCAUGAGAGCAAGUAAAAUGUAGCUAUGAUUGAUCCUUAUAAGGAUUGUACAACCUAGCCAAAGAAAAGCGAUCAUCAAAGUAAGCAUCGUCAGAAUUAUUUAUGGUAUAUGUACGCAAUAUCAUUGGAAAACAAUUUGGCAUGAGAGUUCAUUUGAGAUGAGUUUAUUGAACUUAAGGUAUGAAUUACUUAUGGUAUAUUUAUGAAGCAUAUACCAUUGGCAAGUAAUUAGACGACUGGUUUAGAAAAUUCAUUUGAAUUACUUGUGGUAUGCCAAGUUACCUUGAUGAAAUGUCAUUGGUAAGAAAUUAGAUGGGGCUUCUAGAACAAUUUAGAAUGCAUUUGAAUUACUUGUGGCAUCUCAUUGCCUUGUCAAUACCAUUGGUAAGUAAUUAGAUGAUAUUUCUAAUAAGAUCUGAAUUGUUUGUGGUAUGCUAAAUGAAUUAGUCUAUACCAUUGGUAAACAAUUAGAUGAAGAUAGUGGUUGUCAAGUUCAAUAAGUAAAGCUAUUGAAAAUAAAUUAAUUUAUUCCAUGAUGUUUUGCAAAUGGUAGGAUUGUCGGGGAGACCGUUGUUCCGGCAACUAUCUCAAAACCCUACAUGAGACACGAACCUAUACAUGACGAAAAAAAUGGAAAGGUCAAACACGUCAUACUUGAAAGUAUGAAGGUGUCAAGUGAGAAAGAGAAAGACCAUAAACCUUGUGGAGUUAACCCAGUCUAAGGGUAUAACUUAUAUGUGUAAAAUCUAGCCUAUAUUGACAUUCAUGUCAGAGAGCUAGUCUAAGAAUUUCAAAGAAGAUUUCUUAGAGAAGUUAAUCCACUCUCUCCAAAGGGAAAAUGAUGUCAAUGAUAUACAUGCAUGUAUAUGUACGAGAUUCCCCUUAUCGAGAACAUUGAGUUUCAACAACUAUGGAGAAAUAGUUGAAAUGUGGGGGAUUCCAAUUAAAGUGAUACUUAGAAGUUUUGCGUAAACCCUAAGCUAAGUAUUAAAUGUCACUACAUUGAAAGAGAUACUUGUGAAUUUCGAGUACUCUAAGGUUAAUAAAGUGGAGUGACUUCAACACCAUUGGCAUGUGCUACGAUUAAGACAAUAAAAUCAAGUCAAGCACAUAUGAUGUGUAGUGAAUCAAAGGAGACGAGUCUUUGGUGUAUUUUAUCCAAAUGAACUCACCGGGAGAACCAAAAGCCCUAGUCCACUAUUGGAUAGGCAUUUAUGGUUAACGGGGAGCAGUAUCUUGGAAAAGGUCCAAGUUAAACUAUGUAUACCCACUCUAAGACCAGUGAAGUUCAAUAGUCUGGCCCGCAAAGACUGGCGUUAAUAAACACACUUGUGCACAAAAUGGUUAUUGCAAGGGCUAAGAGUGUUAUGUGAGAAUCUCGUCAGAGAAACAUAACAUUAUUGAUUGAUUAAUUUCUAGCAAAGUUACGGAGAUGAUCAUUGAGAUCAAGUGAUAACAAACGUGGGGCCCAUCUAGAAAUUAAUUGAAGGAUCGAAGGGAAUGGACUCGUGGCCAAGGACAAAUCAUCAUGGCGGUAACUCUAUCUAAGUAGGAUUGGCGCUAUAGUUAACAGGGAGCAGUAUCUUGGAAAAUGUCCAAGUUAAAAUAUGUAUACCCACUCUAAGACCGGUGAAGUUCAAUAUUCUAUCCCGCAAAGACUGGCUUUAAUAAACGCACUUGUGCACAAAAUGGUUAUUGCAAGGGCUAGGAGUGUUAUGUGAGAAUCUCGUCAUAGAAACAUAACAUUAUUGUUUGAUUAAGUGAUAACAAACGUGAGGCCCAUCUAGAAAUUAAUUGAAGCAUCAAAGGGAAUGGACUCGUGGCCUAGGACAAAUCAUCAUGGCGGUAACUCUACCUAUGUAGGAUUGGCAGACCCAACCUCUAGGUUCAAGGAGCAUACAAAGUUGUGAAUGAUUGUCCGACAUUGUAAAAUUAUUCAAAGUCCAUUCUCAUGAUGAGACAAUGUCCAAAAAUAAGGGUAAACCUAAAUAUGAAAGGUUUUUAAUGGUUUCUAAGUUUGACACUUGGUGUGAUCAAAUAGUGUAUUUUCAGAAUACACGUUUAGAAAUCACCUAUGUGAGUGUGAAGUAGAGCCGCUUCAAGGAGAAUAAAAGAAGGCCAGUUCUCUAAGCACUCAUGAGACUAGACGGUGUUCAUGGCUAAAAUGAACACAACAAUGAGAACCGGUGAACAAAUAAGAGUUAGUUGUGUGACAUAUGUUGUCUUAGUAUACAAGCAAAACCGACGGUUCAAAGAUAUCACAUCUACCGAUUGGUGAGUAUACUCGAUAUAUAUUCACUAAGGAAGGUUCAAAGGGAAACCUACCUAUCCCGAUGCAACUAAUUCUUAGUCGAGAAUCACACACUACAAGAAACUGCACUUUCUGCGAUGAAUUCUAUCGCGACGAUAAGAAAUUCGUCGCAGAAAGUGUACAAUUUCCGACGAAAUUCAUUUUUUCGUUGGAGAUUGUGUUCAAUUUUUUUGAGACGGUUAUCUUUCGUCGCAGAAUGUUUGGAGACUUUCUGCAACGAUUCUCUAUCGUCGCAGAAUUGAUGGAGACUUACUGCGACGAUUCUCUGUCGUCGCAGAAUCGAUGGACACUUUCUGCGACAAUUGUUUGUCGUCGCAUAACGUUCAAAACUUUCUGCGACAGUUACCUGUCGUCGCAGAAUUGAUGGAGACUUUCUACGACGAUUCUCUGUCGUCGCAGAAUCGAUGGAGACUUUCUGCGACAAUAACCUUUCGUCGCAGAAUGUUUGAGACUUUGUGUGAUGUUUUUCAGUCGUCAUAUAAUGUUUCAAGAAAUUUUAUAUUAUUGAAAGUUGGAAUCAUAGUUAGUAAAUACAUUAUUAAAUACUUCGUUUAAUACACGUAUAUGUACCCAUACGUAUUUUAUUCGUUUAAAACUUUCGUAUCCGUAUUAUUGUCAAGGCAUUUCAUUUUCCCCCAUUCAUUUUAUGGCUCGCGUACUAAACACGUACUUGUAGAAGGCUUGAGUUCAAGUCCUUAAGCCUCAUUUCUUAAGGAGAAUCUUAAAGCCUUCCUAUUGGCUGAUAGUGGAUUAGGUAGUUAAUGGGGUUAGUAGUUAAUAGGUAGUUAAGGGUAAAUGAGGUUAUGCAAAUAUAAUUAAUGAUUCUCUUUCUCUCUCCUUCCAUGAUUUUCUCCAUAGCCCUCUCUCUACAUUAUAAUUAAAAAGAAAUAUAAAAUUAAUUUUAUUUGAUAUUAUUUAAUAUUUAAUAAAAUCUGAAUUUAAUAAUUUUCAUUUUCUAAAAUGGAAAUUUGAAAUUUAAAAUAUAUGUCUCUCUCACAUCUUGGCAACUUCCGAUUAGUGUUAACAUUUUGUAAUGACAUUAUCAAUAUUUAUAAAUUGAAUCAUCAUUAGGGCUUUUCGUUGCAUGGGUUUAGGAUUUUUCACUGUUAUGUAUUCGUUUGUGUUAUUAUUAAUGUUGUUCGACAUAUUUUUAAUAAUUUUAUAUGACAUUAUUAACUUUUUACGUUAUGUUUUGUUUGUAACAUUAGCAAAAGUGAAAUUGUGUUUACAAUUUGUUGGUACUUGAAGUUUAUUUAUCAUUACAUCGUAUAAUCAAUUUGGUUAGCAAUGAUUUAUAAUCAUUUGAAGUGAUAUUAUCAAUAUUUUUUCCAAGCACAAUACAACCAUUAGCAAAAUUUUAUUUCAUUUGUAACAUUGCUUAUGUUUAGUGAUUUGAAAUAUUAAUAUUUUUUCGUUUAUGUUUGUAACUUUGUCAAAUAUCAUUAUUAAGAAGCAUACUUGUUAGGUAUUCGUUUGUUUAUGACAUUAGCAAAAGUGAGUUUACGUUUAGUGAUAUAACUAUGGUUAUUAAUCUUUCAGUCUAAGUUAGUAACGUAGUUGGUGUCAUUAUUAAUAGGUGUGUAUAGCAUUAUCAAUGUUUGAAAAAAUAAGAUAUUAAUAAUAUCUAGUAAGGUACUUAACAAUCAUUAGUUGCUAUCAUUAUCAAAGAUUUUGGAUGCAUUAUCCAUUAAACACAUGUUACUUAUUAAUGCGUUUUUAGUGCUAUUUGAUAUUAAACAUUGUAUCUGAAUAUUAUUAAUAUUUUUUAUAACAAAAAUAUAUUUCCUUAUCAGUGGCUUGAUCAUUCGUUAUUAAUGGUUUUUAAUAUCUUUAUUAAAAGCUUGAUGUUAUUUAUAAUGUUGAAGUCGGACAUUUUUACAUUGAUGUUUUGUGUUUAUUUUCAACAAAAUACUUUAAGUUAUCACUGAUUUAUUGUAUUGUUAUUAAAAGUUUGGUGUUGAGGCGUGAAUGUUGGUUUGCUUGAGCUAAUAUUUUUCUUGACAAUGUUUGUUUGACUGAAUCACACAGGUGCACUAUGUCACCAGUAGCCAAGAUGUUGAAAAUAAGUAUUGUGUUUAGAAAUCAUUGGAAGAUGCCAUGACUAGAUAGUUAUAAACAUGAUGUGAAAAUGUGAAUCAUUAGUAUUAAAGAUGUUGUAAAUCAAUGAUAUUGUCAUUCAACUGUUAAUGACCAUGUUACAUAACUUUGAUGAUUCAUUCAUAGGCGUUGAUGACGAAACUAUAAAACAGUAACAAUUGAUCCAAAAUUGUUAAUAAUGUAAUUGUAAGACAUUGAUAAGUAUAUUGAAGUCGUUAAUAAUGAUGAGGUAUAAUAAUAACGAUUCAUUUCAUAAAUACUGAUAAUGUCAUUGCAAAAUGUUAAUACUGCAUUGCAAGUUGCCACUAAGUGAGAAAGAGCACAUAUUUUUAAUUUUCAAUUUUCAUUUUAAAAAAUAAAAAAUAUUAAGUUCAAAUUUAUUAAAUAUUAAGUAAUAAUAUUUAAUUAAAUUAAUUUCGAAUUUCCUUUUAAUUGUAGUGGAGAGAGAGGGUUAUGGAGAAUAUCAAGGGGAGAGAGAAAGAGAAUUAUUAAUGAGUAAUAUUAAUUAUAUUUUCAUAAUAUCUUAUUUAUUUCAAUUAACUAUUAACUACUAACCCUCAUUAACUACCUAAUCUAGUAUCAGCCAAUAAAAAUGAUUUAAGAACCUCUUUAAACAAUGAGGCUUAAGGACCUGAUCCAGGCUUGAGUUCAAGUCCUUAAGCCUCAUUUCUUAAGGAGAAUCUUAAGAAUACGUUUAAUAUCCGUAUUUAAUGAAUAAAAUUGCUAACUUAACUAUUAUUUAGGUAUUUAUUUGUUUUUAAAAUAAUUAAUUUUGUAUAUUAUGACUAUUGACGUACUAUUGAGCGUAAAAUUAGUUUAGAGACAAAGUAAAAUACCCGUACGUAUUUUAUAUGUAACCUACCCGUACAAUAUUUUACUAAUGAAACUUAAUUAUUCCAACAUAAGCUUCUUUCGUUUUUUGGAACUGAAUUAUUCCAACUUAAUUGUUACAAAUCUCUAAGCCAUAAGAGGAAUAGAAUAGUCUAAAAUAACAAAUAAUCGGUCGUAGACUAAUUUGUUUUUUUUUUUUUAUAAUCGUGAAUUCAUUGCUUAGAUUUCGAAAAACAAAAAAGAUAGUAUGAAAUUACAACCAAGCUCUACACCGGGAAUACUAGCUACGCGCACCCCUGGCAUACAGACCAACCAAAAGAUAGUCCAAACUCUAAAGCGCUUUGAUGAACCUUUUGACUUUUCUAUUAAGAUUUACUAAUGAGUAAAAAGGGAUUAAAACUAACAGAUAACAAAUGUUUUCUUGUAGCCCGAUUGGUUUAAAUCGCUUAAAUGUUGCAGAGUCAAUGUUUUGUGUGUAGAAGGUCAACUGUUCGAAACUUCAAGCAACCAAUAAUUUAGUUCUUCGUAAAGGGGAAGACAUAAUGACAGUGGGUUAGUAUAUUAUAUAACAAGAGUGGAAGGUAAAGAAAACCCUAGCCGCCCUCUUUUGCCUCUCUCUUUUAGUCUUUUUCCUCUCUCAUCUUCUCACCCAAAUCAUCGACAACUCGAAUCUGCUCAUCUCGUGAGCGAUGAAGGAAAGAUCGACGGUGAGGGAGAAGAAAAGGGACCGUCGGUAGCUUCGUUGUCAAUGGCGAUGGAGGAAGAUCGACCAGCGGCAUGGGUAUUGGCCUAUAACAGCGGCGAAUCGACUCCUCUCGGCCGGAAAAGCGACGAUCCGGGUAAGAUGAGGUUUUCUGGUUCAAGAGUGGGAUUGUGACAAUUUUCUUUCUCGGAUUUGUUUUAGAAGGAGGGAAUAAGAAGACGGCGGUGAAGGAAACUUGACUAGUUCCAGAUCUGCUCCAGCCGCGAUGAAGACGGCGGUGAAGGAAGCUUGACUGGUUCCAGAUCUGCUCCAGCCACGAUGAAGGAAGUUCGAUGGGUCGCCAAUGGCCUCUGGCCGCGCGAAUCGGCUACCGGCGCGGGAUGAAGAAGAACCUGAUCUACUCUUCUGACGAGAAAAAUGAAAGAACGAAACUAGAUCUGUUCUUUCUCCAAUCUUGUUUUUCUAAAAAAUUUCCUUCCUUUGUUGUUGUAUCUACAAAUCUAACUUUGUUUCUGUUUUUCCAGGUUUGGUAUCCUAACUUAAAAAUUUGGAUUUUGGAUGAGGAAUGGAUAGUGUAGUUAUUUGGACGAAGUCUGGAAAUUUGGCUUUGACGAGGUGCAUCUUUGAUGUUUAUGAAAUAAGGAACACCCAGAAAAAAAAUCCAAAAAAAAAUUGUGACCAAUACAGAAAUUAACCCGAAAAUGAAUUGUGACUAUACUAAAAUUAACUCGAAAAUAAAUACUGAAUUACUGU